GAUAAUAGACAAGUAGAGAGCUACAAGUGGAUAACAUGCACACAGUUAUCAUCGGGCCCGGGCUUCUCAAUUGGGUUACGCAACAUUUGAUAGGCCAACUAAAGUUACUACUAUACCGCUCUUUUUUUUUCUUUCUUUUUUUUUUUCAGCAAUUCCCAAAAUUUUCGGUAAUUUUUAACUACUUCUAACGAGUGAUCCCCUUCUCUGUUUUCUCUCUCUUAUUUUAUCAAACCCAAUUUACAAAUUUGAUCAUCUACUUCAUAAUUCAGGAAGGAUAAAAUGGAAGAUGAUGACCCUAAUGUUAGGCCAUGGGAUGAACUAAUUCCAGACACAUUAGGUUUGAUAUUCCAAAGGUUACCACUUGAUGAGAUAUUGAAUGUAGUCCCAAGUGUGUGCAAAUCAUGGGCAAAGGCGGUACGAGGCCCUUAUUGUUGGCAGGAGAUCGAUAUCGAGGACUGGAGUCGAUAUCGAAGGCCUGAUAGCCUUGAUCGGAUCCUUUUGUUGCUGAUUGGAAGGAGCUGUGGCUCGUUGCGUAAGCUUUGUGUUUAUGGUUUGGCAUCCGAAAUGAGUUUAUCCUUAAUUGCUGAUAAUGCCAAGUGCCUUCAGAUUCUACGGCUUCCAGGAAGUGAAAUAAGUGGCUCGAUGGUGGAACAAGUUGCUGUGAAGCUUUCUAGCCUCACUUGCUUAGAUUUGAGCUACUGCACCAAAAUUGGAGCUCCAGCUCUAGAGGCAUUUGGAAAGAACUGCAAACUCCUUACUUGCUUGCAGAGGAACAUGCAUCCUUGGGAUGUAGCCGCAAUAAUGAAAGAUGACGAAGCAUAUGCUAUAUCUGCUACUAUGCCACAGCUCAAGCACCUAGAGCUGGCCUACCUGAAUAUCACAACAGAUGGUGCUGUUCGGAUCCUCAAAAGCUGUCGUGAGCUUGAGUUGCUUGAUAUUAGAGGUUGUUGGAGCGUGAAAAUUAAUGAAAAGUACCUCAAGGAUCGCUCAAAGUUGCAGGUAGUAGGACCUCUGGUUGUGGAUGGCAGUGGUAAGGUGAAGGAGAGUGUUGAUUUCUACCCUGGUUCCUCCAGCUUCUGGGCCUGGGGUUUUGGCGAGAUGGAUGAGUAUGAUGAAGAUGGUGAUCAGGAUGGUAUGUGUGAUGUGUCUUUUGCUCCCUGGGACGAUGUGCAUGAGAUGGAGGACUUAGGGUUGGUGUCCUACGACGAUGUGUACGGCUAUUACUAAAAUUAAACCAAAUGGAGUCUGCAGUAUUUUUUUCAUGUAUGCAUUUCAUUUUCCACAAAGAUGAGAGGCUACGCGAGCAUUUGGUCUCUCGAAGAAUGAUAUGGAUUUUCUUAUUCCUAAAUCUAUUUGAGAAUGUUGAGAUGUAUCUGCCAAAAAAAAAAGAGAGAGAAUGUUGAGAUGUAUUUUUAAGUUGAUUAGUUGGCUGCCUAGUUUACCAGAUGGAUUGUAGAUUGAUCUAGACCUCUUAGACGUAGUACUACAGUUCAGAAUGAACUCUAGCUCUAGUUAAAGCUUGUUUUAUGCAGGUAAUGGUAUUGGCAUUUGACAAUGAAUUGAACGAAAUUUGUCUUAGGAUGUUGCUUUUUUUUUUUUUCCCUUCUUUUGAUGUAUGUUAUAAUCUGAUACCUCAUAUUCAGAUUCAUCACAUUUUGAAGGGCAUGGCCUGUAAUUUA